GGUGCAGCUGUCAUUGGUUUUCCUGUCCUUGAUUGUUCUGCUACGAAUUGCCUCAUCAGACUGGGUUUCACUUAGACAACAGAAUUGCAGAAACAAUAUUUCCUUCCCAAGUGACGAAAGACGAGAUUUGCAGAGAAAAUAAACUUACUUCGAAGAUGUACUACAUUAUGUUAUUUUCAAGUAAAAGAUCUUUUGAGAUUUUUACCCUCACUGAGUUUUUCUGUAUUGUGAGUUUAAUUUUGUGCCAUGAGCAUUCCUCGCACCAUUCAGAGACUCAUUCCUGUGGGAAUCAGUACGGUGAAGGUUGUAAUGUGGCCAAGAAUAAUCUAACAGAUGAGGAAAUGUUUCAGCGUGGACAUAUGAAACCAUUUGGAUCACAUCGUCCUCCUGAUUUCAUUGUGGAAGAACUUCCUUACAUGAUUUCCCCUGAGGAUUUCUAUAUGAAUUAUGUAGUAAAGCACAAGCCAGUUGUGUUUAAAGGUGCUGUGAAAUACUGGCCUGCAUAUACAAAGUGGACAGAUGAAUACUUGAAUACAACUUAUGGCCAAGAAAGGUUUCACAUGGAAACAAAGGAUGACGACAAAUGGAACGUCCCCCCUGAUAUGGAGCUGAGUACAUUUCUCUCUCAUUACAAUCAUUCUAAUCGCUACCUUGUUGAUGAAGUACUCCCAGACAUGCGAAAAGAUGUGAUUCUUCCUCUGUGUUUGCGCUGCGAAGAAAUGAGCUCAUUCUUUUUUGUGUCCUAUUUCUGGAUGAGCACUGGGGGAACAUCGUCAUCCAUUCACAUUGAUACUGAUGAGAACUUAUUGUGUGUCAUUCAUGGACAUAAAUCUGUCCUCAUGGUGUCUCCAGUUUAUUCCACACAUCUGUAUUCUGAUGAGUCACGGGUGUUGGGUGUCUUGGACAUCAAUCCACAAGCUGUUGAUCUAGAGAAAUUUCCCAAUGUCAUGAAAGUUCGGUAUCACCAUGCCAAUGUUGAAGAAGGAGAUAUUGUUUAUAUCCCUCAGAUGUGGUGGCAUCAAGUUAUAUCUAGACCUGAGCGUCAACAAGCAGUGGCCUUGUGGUGGAAAUCCAAACCCGCUUUUAAAAAACCUGGAAGGGAGGCACUACCAGUUAAAAGUCUUGAAAAAGAAAGGUUUUCCUUUGGAAAUGUCUUGGCUCAGUAUGAGUUAUGGGUUCAAAAUGUGAGUGAUUACACACCAAGAAUAAAAUGCAAGGACCAGCAGGUGUUCAUGAGCAAUUAUCAGUUUGAAAGUGACAAAUCCAAUGCACCACAGACACGGGGGGAUGGAGGUUACCUGGAAGAGGAAUUAGGCCUGAAAAUCAGUGAUCUGCACAAGCCAGAAUACAGAGAUUUAGACCCUUGCGACUUUGACUACACAAAUCAGAAAAGUCCAUGUCACUUUAGAAGCUGUCGCGACCAGGAGGAUGAAGGGAACACCAAGUGCAUCCGAUAUAUACUGGACUACUGCCUUCACUACGAUGACAGAGGAUGUGUAGAUCAGCUGCCACAGUUGAUGAAUAAGCUUGGAUCUUCUCAGUACAAGGAGAUACAACAAAUGCCAUCUGAGUUUUGAGCGCACGUUUGCUGUGCUUUCCUUUCAUGCUGCUGUACAUGUUUUAUAUGCUAAAUUCUCUAGGAAGUAAGAGUUGUUUCGUAGCAGUUUGUCACUGCUCUUGUAUUUUUAUUUUCCUUCUCUUUUUCUCUCUUCCUUCCCUUUCCCCCUUCAAGUCCUUCUCCUCAAGAGUUUUUAAUUCAAUGUUAAGGAAGCUGUGUAGUUUAUUGCAGGGAAGGGAAUCAAAGAGAAAUAUUGUUAUUUAAAAUGUAACAAAUAUCAUCAUAGACAAUUUUGUAGAAGAACCUCUAAUUUAAUUUGACAAAUUAUCACUUACAUCUGUUUUAACAUCAGCUUUACCAAUAAACUGAGUGUACAAUUUA